CUUCUCCUGACCCUCUUCUUCUCGUCGUUCGAGGAGACAUUCGCACAUCUUUCUAGUCGUCGAUCGGCUACACUCCCUUGACCCGUCUGGACAGCUUGACAUUCCCUUGUGCUUGUGCUUGGUGACUUCGGCUAAGUUCGAAAAAGGACCUUUUGCGAAGCUUGGGAGCAGCAUAUACGCACGACAAAGACCCGCAUUGAUCAUCGGGUCUCCCUGUCUAGUUCGCUCUCAAAGUAGCAAAGUCUUGGUGUCUCCGGAAGCGCGCAACGAAAACGGCCGACAUGUCGGUCGCAAGCAAAAACCCCUUUGCUCUCCUCGGUGACGAGGAUGGGCCAGCUCCUGCCGGUGCUGCUGCCGCCGCUCCGGCCUCUGCCAAGCAGGCCGACGCUGCACCCGUGAAGAGAAACAUCCCUGGUGCCGGCGGCAACAACGCCAACAACGGCACUGGCCGCCAGCAGGCUAACGCUCGCGGUGCCAACUCGGCUGGACGAGGUGGGGCUCGCUCCAGUCGCCAGACCGAGGCCGGUGCUGGUGCUGGUGGUGACGAAGAGUCGCCGGCUCAGCGAGACGGACGCAGCAACCGGGGUCGCGGCGCAGAGGCCCGAGGAGGACGUGGCCGUGGUGCUAGCGGCCGUGGCCGCGGCCGUCAGUUCGACAGGCACUCCCAGACGGGCCGUGAGGAUUCGAACAAGAACCUGCACCAGGGCUGGGGAGGUGACGAUCCCAAGCGCGAGCUCGCCGUUGACGAGAAUGCUCGUGCCGACGCCGCUGCAGAGGGUGGUGACAGCGUCAAGCCCUCCUCGGACGCUCCUGUCUCUGGCGAGGCAAACGGCUGGGACGCCCCCGCUGAGGGAGGCGCCAAGACCGGCGACGCCCCCUCGGCUCCCCUCGCCGCAGUCGAGGAGGAAAAGGACAACACGAAGACUCUUGACGAGUACCUGGCCGAGCAGGCUGCCAAGCGCGCUCAGAUUGGCGCCAAGAAGGAGGCUCGCCAGGCCGACAACAUCGACGCCUCGUCGCUUGGCAAGAAGGUCGAGCACUCUCGCGGAGAAGACUUCUACAGUGUCCAGAAGGAAAUGAAGCACCGCCAGCGCGAGAGGAAGGAGAAGGCGACGCUCGAGAUCGAGCAGACUUUCUACACCCCUCCUGUCCGUCCCUCGCCUGGCCGUGGUGGCGCCCGUGGUGGCGCCCGUGGUGGCCGAGGAGGCGAGCGCGGGGCCGAACGAGGUGGCCGCGGACGUGGUGCCGCUCGCGGCGGCCGAGGCGGCCGACCGACUGGCCCUGCCGUCAACCUUGCCGACCAGAGCGCUUUCCCUACGCUGGGCAACUAAGCGAUCUUGACCCGUGGGGGUUAUUGCGCACGAUUUUCAUUCAGUCCUCGUUGCUCUCAACCCAAUCCAGAGUCUGCCGCAUCCCACUCCCACCUCGCUACCCUCUUCUAAAAGCUCAAAACAACUCUCUAUCGUUGUCCUUCUCUUCUCUUCCUAUAAAAAAAGACUCUACUCAUCUUCAUCUUCUCCUUGGCUCUCGUCGCUGUCCGACAUCCUGUCUAUUCCUCCCUCUCCCCCCCUCCCUCCCUUCUUCUCUCCCUCUCACCCUCUCUUCCUCUCUCUCUCUCCCCCUCUCUCUUUCUCCCUCGCGCGCUUUCUCUCUCUCCAUCUCUCUCUCUCUCUUGUGUAGUGACUCGUGAGCGCUAUUUUGGUG